AUGGCGAUAUUGGAUGCACAGGAGAGUGCAGGCACGACGACGACGACGACGGAUCUAAGCCACUCGAUUCGGAAGAGGCCGAGCGCGAGUACUACGAAGGCUGUGACUCGAGCUGAUUCGAGUUCGAAGGCGACCGAGUUGAAGGCAGAGAGCGGGGCGAAUAGCUCGGUAAGCAAUCAAAAUUGGAUUGGAACGAAUGUUGGUGAUGGAGUCGGUUCCGUAAGUGAGUUUAGGAAAUCGGAAGAUGAUUCAAGUAAUGGAAGAGAUGAUGCUGAGAAGGUUGGAAUUGGAAACGGAGACGACAGAGGAAUGGAAAAGUUUUCGAAAUUCUCUUAUCGGCCGUCUGCUCCGGCUCAUCGGAGAAUCAAAGAGAGUCCUCUUAGCUCCGAUGCCAUUUUCAAACAGAGCCAUGCAGGUCUCUUCAAUCUUUGUAUAGUGGUGCUUGUUGCUGUGAACGGUAGACUUAUCAUUGAGAAUCUGAUGAAGUAUGGCUGGUUAAUUAGGUCUGAUUUUUGGUUUAGUUCAAGAUCAUUGAGCGAUUGGCCACUUUUAAUGUGCUGUCUUACCAUCCCAGUUUUCCCACUUGCUGCUUUUAUUGUUGAGAAGUUGGUGCAACAAAAGUAUAUAUCUGAUCCAGUUGUUGUCAUUCUUCACAUAAUAAUAACCACUGCUGCAAUUUUGUUUCCUGUUUUUGUUAUUCUCAGAUGUGAUUCUGCUGUCCUAUCGGGCGUCACAUUAAUGCUCUUCGCCUGCACUGUGUGGUUGAAAUUGGUAUCUUAUGCACAUACAAAUUACGAUAUGAGAGCGCUUACGAAAUCAUUUGAUAAGGGGGAAGCCUUGUCCAGUUCCUUUAAUAUGGAUUACUCUUACAAUGUUGGGUUCAAGAGCAUGGCAUACUUUAUGGUUGCUCCCACGUUGUGUUACCAACCGAGCUAUCCCCGCACUGCAUGUGUUCGUAAGGGUUGGGUAGUACGUCAACUCGUCAAGUAUGUGAUAUUUACGGGACUGAUGGGAUUUAUCAUAGAACAAUACAUUAAUCCGAUUGUUCAGCAUUCCCAGCAUCCUUUGAAAGGGAACCUUUUAUAUGCCAUAGAGAGGGUUUUGAAGCUUUCAGUUCCAAAUUUAUACGUGUGGCUCUGCAUGUUUUACUGCUUCUUUCACCUAUGGUUUGUGCUCUCUUCUUUGAUUUAGUCUAGUAAAGUCUUCAAUAUGCUUAAUCUUCCAUCAACUUGUUUGCGAGGUUUUUCAUAUCUUUUUCCAGCAUUAUCAUGCAAUGUUGCAUAACAGAAAUACUGUUUCACAAUUACGAUGCUCAGUUUGGAUACUAUGCAUGUUUCAACAUAAUUUCAUUUCUUGUGUAUGAACCCAAAUUUUGAAAAGUUUAUUCUGGAAACCACCUGUGAUCUAUAUGAGUUAGAAGGCAAUUUGGAUAAUGUUGCAAACUCUACCAUCAUGAAAGUUUUGAGAUGGAUUGAUGGUAACAUGGUAAGAGUAGAAAAUAAGGAUGAAGAGAAGAAGAAUCCAUUGAAGAACACUCUCUAACUGGUAUUAUGUUUUGGCUUAGCCCUCAAUGUUAGUUUUCAGAAGCCGCUCUCAUGGAAAGCUGUAGAUUUGCAUGACAGUUUGCAAUGAACUGUCUUCCGAAGAUUUAAAUUGCUUUCAUCCAUGAAUCAAACCCUCAAGGAAAAGCUUUAGUCUUAAACUCUUACUCUGUUGGAGGGUAAAAAUUGAAUGGCUGGACGUGGAAGAAGGAUACAAGGAUUUUAGGUACCUCAUUUCCCGCGAUGCCCCAACCUCAUUUUCCAUGAUGCCCAGAUAGGUUGGACUCGUGAGUUAACCAAAUCAAACCAAGUCUUAUGUACCAAUCAUUUGGGAUCGACUUUAUGAGUCUGUUUUUGUCAUUCAUUUC